AAGACAUUCAACAAAGUUUCUCUCACAGCGAUGUGGCCGCAGCUGUGGAUUACUUUGGGAAAACCGAGUCUGUGACGCUCUAUCGGUCCAGAAAGGAGGCAAUCGUUGUUUUCGAGAGAGAGGAAGAUGCCGAGAAAUUGAGGAGCUCGAGAACCAUCUGCGUGAGAGGACAAACAAUAGUUUUGAGAUGUGUGAAAGAAAAGCUACGAGACUCUUUCAGGCCUCCUUCAAGAACACCUGCCACACAUCACACCACUUAUUCCACAAAGACCACGACCACCACAGGAGUUCGUCCUCCCAAACCAAAUAUUCCUCCGCAGAGGGGCCUGAGAUUCAGAAGAAAGGCGACGGGAAAACUCAUGAUGGGAAAAAGAACGUCUCAGCUGAAGUAGUGAGGACUGUAAACAGGGCAAGAGUCUUGGUAUCCAAGGCGAAAAUCAUGUUGAUCAAGAGGAUCUCUGGGGCCAAAAAAGAAAGAAAGCAGGCAAAGCAAGGAACCUCUUUGGAAUCCAAGACCACAUCUCCAGAAACUCAGUCUGUCACUGGUGACUCCAAACACAAACCCGUACCUGAAAGGUCUACGAUCAGUAUCGGAGGAUCUGGAGUUGGGCUGAAAGGCACUGAUGCAAACGGGAGAGUUAGAGAAGCAGCAAAAGGCCCCUCAUUGGACGAGAAGGUCCAGACGUCCCAAGCACAGAAACCCAAAACUCAAGAGGACGAGCUCGCUGAGUCAGCAGCUGAAACGGCCGGGAAGGAUGAGAGUGCACCUUCGAGAUGUGUGCAUUCAGAAAGUCAGCCACAUGGAGAAAGUCUCAAACAAUCUGACACUGAGUGUCAAGAAUCUCCAGAGGUGCGAAAAAACACAGCGAAGUCUGUAAAAGUGUCGCCUCCAACUGUGGUGAAACUGCAGGGGGUUGACAAAUCUCUCUCUCACUGUGAAGUGCUCUCAGCCGCGGAGAACUUUGGAAAAACUAAGUCGGUGGUUCUGUUCCGGGCCCGAUCGGAGGCGAUCGUGAUUUUCGAGAAAGAGGAAGGUGCUCAGAAACUGAAAAUGGCAGAGAGCCUCGAUGUGAACGGGAGGACAAUCCCCGUAGUCGUAGAAAAGGAGACUGUUUCCAAGGAGAAGACGGUGCGACAACUGCCCAAAGGUGCGACAACUGUCACUGAGGGGAAAGUCUUUGUUUCAGACGCGACACAUGUCUCAGCCCAGCAGAGAGUGAAAACAGGAGCUUUGUCUGCGGAGGGAGAAGUGAAAACGGAAGCUGGAAAGCAAAAAACACCCUUAAGAUCCAAGUCUGGGUCUACUGAAAAUCAUCCUGAUGCUGGGGACUCCUCACAGAAGCCUGUACCUAAAAAGACUAAAACUACUGUUAGAGAACCUGUAGUGGGGCUGAGAGAUGAACCCAAAGCUCCAGAACCAGCAACAUGCUCAGUGAUUAAAACAAAAAUCAAAGCAGGAUCGGUGUCCACUACGCAGAAACCCAAAAGUCCAGUGGAUGAGCCAUCUGCACAAGAAGCCGAAAACAUCAGAGCAACAGAUGCUAAAGAUGGGAGUAAGCCUACCAAAUCCACAGAUGAUCAGUCUGAUGUAGAAAAUCGGAAGCCUAAAGAAUCGGAAGCGAAGGUUCAAGAACGUUUGGAGGAUCCAAAAGACACAGCCGAGGUUGUUGGAAAAGAAAAUGUAGCGGUCUCAACUACGCAGAAACCCAAAACUCCAUCAGAAGCUGUAACAAACGAAAGGAUGGCAGCACCAGAAAAAUCUGCAGACAAUCCCAGAGAAAGUCAACCGCCAACCGGCUCAGUUCAAAACCAGCCGACAGAAACCUCUGACAAAGCUUCAUCACAGGUCCAGGAAAGACCCCCGUCUGAACCAGCGUUCACAGCACGAGGACCAGAGACCAGGACAGAAGCUUCACAAGAGGAACAGCCGACUGGAGGACGCAAAAACAACGCUGGUGUGGAGGAGGCAGCUGGAAAAGAUGGAAGUGUACCUUCAAGAUCUGCAAAUCCACAAAGUCAGCCACAUGGUGUCAAGCUGGAACAAAAUGAAAUCAAGAUUCAAGAAUUUUCGGAGGUACCAAAAGACACAGGGACCAAGGUAGAAAAAACUGUCAAAGCUCAUGAUGCAGAAGAACCAGUGGAGCUUGGGGUAUCAGGCGCUAAAGUUGUUGAUGGCAAAGGGGGGGAAACAAGUCCAGAAGCUGUACCAGUAAACAGUCGACCACAACCAGUUGAGACCCAGCGGACAGAACCCUCCGUCAAGGCUUCAACACAGGUCCAGCAAAGCCCCCUGUCGGUACCAGAGACCGGUAUAGAAGCUUCACUAAAGCAUCAGCAGGCUGCAGGAAGCACAAAAGAAACUGCUGUGGUGGCAGCGAUGCGAGGGGGAGGGGCUGCGGUAAAAAAAAAACGACACGAAGAUGAUGAUGCCUCCAAAGUUGUUGUUAAGGUCGCCUCACCUGUGAAAACUGAACCAACAGCUGCAGCAGAACCAUCCAGAGCACCCCGUGUGACUGUUGGGGAGAUGCUACAUGAGCAAUUGUAUCCAGAGCUCAUACGUUCUGUGCGGCCCUACUUCCUCACACACUCGAGAUUACUUCCUCACAGUCAUAAAAACGUACUCAUAUUUGGACUGCCACACUACUACGAGGGUUUCUACACAGAGAAGAAUGUCGCCAAUCUACUCUUUCCAUUCGGGCUCAGAAGCGUAGACUCACUCUACGUUAUUCCUCAGUCGGGCAUGGCCUUUGUCGUGAUGCCGAAAAUGGUAAAUGUGUUACACUUCAUGAGAGAGUGUGCAUUAAACGGCAUUUACUUAAGAGGGACGAGACUCCAUGCUGCAGUAAUAGACUUCCGUGGUCACUUCAAAAUUCUUCAGUUUUAUACGUUUCUGAAGAGAUUGCUGAGAUGUUGUCUGUUUAAUGAGAAAAAUAGAACCGUCUUCAUCAGUAACAUUUCACCGAGUGCGACCAGGGAGCUCAGAGAAGCUCUGAGAGAGUUUGGUCCUGUCACAAACUUCAUGCCCCUCUUAAACAAGGUCUUUGUAGAGUUUGAAUUUGUUAAAGACGCUGAGCGGUUUGGACUUUGGCACAGUCAACUGAAACGACCGCUUGGUUACACUUGGUUAGUCAUCAGGCUGAACGGACAAAUCAUCAGCUCUCCGUCACUUGGUCCUGUGCCUGCGGUGGCGACACAAUCAGGUGCAGCAUCAGCCAAGGAUGCCUCCAAAACUGCUGCUGCAGGGGAGGUCUCAGCUGUGAUGAAAGAUAAGGUCCCAACAGUGCAGAAACCUGGAAUAUCUGAAGGAACACGGCCUGCAGCAGCAUCUGUGACAAAGGGCAGGGUUGCAGGGGAUGCAACUGCUGUGCCCUCCAAAUCUGAAGCACCAGAAAAGCAGCCUGGAGCUGGUGUCCCCAAAGCGAAAGCAAUACCUGAUAUAUCUGCAACUGGUGUUAAAGGACCUGGAUUAGUGGGGCGGAUUGAAAAGUCAAAAAUCAGUACUAAAACUGAACUAGGAAAAGGCCCAUUGUUGGAAGCCAAGGUCCUAGCUUCCAAGGAGGGAAUGGUCACAACCAUACAGAAAGAAAACCAAGCUGAAGCAGGAGCUGCAUUACAUGAAAGGAUUGCAAAGGAUGGGACUGUGCCAUCGAAAGAUAAACCUUCAAUAAACCAGACUGAUGCUGGUGACUCCAAAUCAAAACCUGUAACUGACAAAUCUGACACCAGGGUCAAAGAAUCUGGUCUUGUAGAGACGUCUGUAGUUGAUAAGCUAGAAAACAGGACAAUAACUGAACUGGGAAAAGGCCCAUUGGUUGGAGAAGGGGUCUUGGCAUUCAAGAAGGAAAUUGUCUCAAGUAAGCAGAAACCAGAAACUCUAUCAGGAAACCUAGCUGUGACAGAAGCUGUAUCAAACGAAAGGAUUGCACAGGAUGUAACUGAAGCUUUAGAAAAUCAGACUGACGCCGGUGUUCCCAAACUAAAUCCUGAACCUGGCAAAUCUGUAACCAAUGACAAAGAACCUAAAGUAGGGCUGAAAGAGACUGCUAAAGUUGGACAGGUCUUUGCUCCCAAAAAAGAACCUCUCUCCACUAAGCAGGAAUCCAAAACUCAAGUGGACAAGCUUGCGGAGUCAAGAGUUGAAACAAACAGAAAUAUUAAAGAAGCAGCUUUAAGUGUACCCUCAAGAUCUGCAGAAACACAAAAUCCGCGAGAAAGUUUCAAGGUCAAACUGAAUGAACUCAAGAUACACAAAUCUUUGGAGGUGUCAAAAGACACAGCCAAGGUAAUUGAAAAAGAAAAGGUAACAAUAUUUGAGCAUGAAGGUCAAGGAAAAAUUGACAAGGCACAUAAUGCAGAACAACCGAUGGAGCUUGGGGUAUCUGGAGCUAAAGCUGGUGAGGGCAGAGGGGGAGAAACAAGUCCAGAGGCUGUACCAGUAAAGUCUACAGACAAACCCAAAGACAUUCAACCACAAGCAGUUGAGACCCAGCCGACAGAAACCUCUGUCAAAGCUUCGACACAGGUUCGGGAAAGCACCCUGUCAGAACCAGAAUCCACGGCACGAGGACCACAGACCAGGACAAAAGCUUCACAAAUGAAACGGCAGGCUGCAGGAAGCACAAAGGAAGCUGCUGUGGAGGCAGUGAUACCAGGGGGAGGGGCUGAGACAAAAACAACCCAACAUGGUCCUGCGACUAUGCUGACAACACAAACAGACGCAGCAGCAGCUACAAGUCAUGGAGACAGUGGCCUGGUCCAAAGGGACGCUUCCACUUUAAAGCAGAUGCCAGAGGAAGGUUCAGGUCCAAUAGCUGGCAAAUCUGAUGAUAAACCCGCAGUUCCAGACGGUGCAGAUCAGCCAAAGACAACAGAAUCAGAGACUGAAAACAAGCAAGAGAAGAAUGGGGAGGCCAUGGCUAGAAGAGACAGUAGACCUUCAGGGAGGAGCAAUCCAACAAGCAAAGCACCCAUACAUGAAGAGGAGAGAUCACCAAGGAAACAAGACAGGACAAAUGAAAGACAUGAGACAAGGCAAAAGAUGGACACCACUGCAGACAAAAAGCUCCUCCAGUCAUCCAGAGAAAGCUCCUGUAGAAAAAUAAGUACAAUGGGAAAUAAAGAGGAAAUCCCAACAAGAUCGACCAGAGGAAAAACGGCAAGAAAAACCGAGGAUGCUUCCACUGAGAAAACAAAAGGAAAGGACGCACCAACGAGAAGGAGUCUUAAUAAGCACACUGUCAGCCAGGAGGGCCAAUCAGAGGACGGCAGGCGUCGUCACAGGAAACAAAUCCAGACUGUAGAUAAUGCUGGCUGUGACAAAGAGGAGAAGUCCAACGAGGAGCCAACAGGGACAACUUUAAGAUCUGAAAAACGCAAACUUGACAAUGACACAAAUGAGGUGAAGGAUGAAACAUCAACACCCAGGACAAGAGGCCAACCUAAGAAGAUCACCAGACUGACCCCUGUAAGCAAAUCUACCAGACGGAAAGAUGCGACUUCAGGAAAGGAGAAAGAAGAAAAGAAAGCCUCCUCAUCAUCAUCAAUGGACAAAGAUUCGUCUAAACUGUCCACUGAUGGCACACUGAAUGUGCAGAGGACAGCAGGAAUGAAAACAGCCAGUAAAGCCGAGAGCGGCUCAGCGUCUGUCGGGCUGGAGAAUAAAAAGCUGGAGGGAUGUUUGAAGGAAGGGGAGAAGGAAGAAAGGAGCUGUGCCGACCUUAAAGUUGUGAGUAAAAAGAGGAGGGACGCGGUCGGACCUGAAGCGAAGCGAUCUCGCUCUCAGUCUCCUUCCGUCCCUGCCGAUUUCAAACUGCCGGAAUUCAAAACCAACAACCCCCUCGGAAAUGAGUUUGUGGUCCCCGCUUAUUUCUGUAACCUGUGCUCGGUGUUCUACCAACACGAAAGCACAGCCGAGGGGCCCCACUGCAGCAGCCAGACACACUUAAACAACCUGCAGAAACACUACGAAGAGGUUCAACAGAAAUCAGCAGGAAGUUCAACAAAGUCGUGAAGGCUCUCGUUCUGAGUGUCUCCAUCAACACCAACAUUAAAGUAUUUUAUGUUAAAGAAAGUGAAAAAGCUCAAACGUCAGCUGUCUAAAAAAGAAAAAAACCCCACUGGGAUUUGUAGUCCCUCCCAGUUGAAGUGCCUCGUUCUGCUCUACAUUUGCACGUAUGAGCUGAGUUUCUUCAUGAAGUGUUACAAAUGACGACCUUUUAAAAGAUGCUACAAGAUUUCAUACAUCAGUGAUGAACCACUGCAGUAUAAAGUGAAUCCAGAAAUAGGUGUUUUUUAGACCAUCGGUUCUGGGAACUUUUUGAAGAGGAACUAUCCACUCCCUGAGAACGCUGAGAACUACAAACCAUGAGAACUUUUUUUUUUACGUCUGCAUUCUCGCCGCCAUGGACCUGGGAGAGUACCUGCUCUGACACAGGAGCUAAAAAAGGUUCCUCUAAACGAGGUUCCAGGAACUAAAAUAGUUCAGUUCCUGCGGUGCAGAAUAAAUAAAAAAGAGGGGCAGGUUCUAAAAGUACCUAGAACUAUGAAAAAGUUCCUACAGUCCAAAAAUGCCCAACGAUGACACAUUUAUUUUCUUUCAUUUUGCAUUAUUCAGAGGCACUUGACCAGCCAGGGUUUUUUUCCUCUAUGCGUCCGAGUCAAAUCAUUGACUCAUGGACACAAGGCCAAAAUGUCACUUUGGCAGCUUAUUUGAUGUUUUGUUUUUAAUUUUUGAUAUAUGACGCCUUGAAUGUAAUCUUGAACAUGUAUUGCUUUUUUAAAAUGUUUGACAAAUUGUAUGAAACUGUUUUCCCCUCAAUGAUCAUGUGAUGACAUUUCUUUUUUAAUUUGAUGCUUUUAAUGAACUUCUUUCUGCUCCCAGUUUCCCACAGUUUAAUACUUUGUGGGAAACUGGGAGUAGGUGAAAAAAAAAAACAUGUUAUGAUCUUGCUUCAUGAAUGUAACAUUUAGUCUGAAGGACGUUACUGAUAUCGUUUCAUAAUUCAAUUCAAUUCAAUUUAUUUUGUAUAGUGUCAACUCAUAACAAGUGUUAUCUCAAAGGUAAAAGACCUUACU